UAUUUUUUAUAAUUUAGCAGUACCCAAUAGUCACUAUGAAUUUGUACAUACUGUUUGGCACCUUGCUUCUCAUAAAGGGGGCUUAUUCAAUUUAUUUUGAAUUGCCAAUGGACACCGAGAAAUGUUUACGAGAAGAAAUACACAAAGAUGUUUUGGUCACUGGUGAUUAUGACGUCAGCACUCAACCAUCGGUUAAAGUUAGUUUGAAGGUAACAGAUACAAACGGUCACAUAUUGUACCAGAAAGAUGAAGCAACUCAGGGUAAAUUUGCAUUCACCACAGAUGAUUAUGACAUGUUCCAAAUUUGCUUCACCAGCAAAGCUGAUUUCAAAGGUAAAAUGCCACCACAAGAAGUUAAAUUGCUGCUAAAACGUGGAGUUGAAGCAAAGAAUUAUGAUGAGCUUGCUAAAACUGAGAAACUGAAGCCACUUGAAGUUGAAUUACGAAGGUUGGAAGAUUUAUCGGAAUCAAUCGUGCAAGCGUUCGCUUACAUGAAGAAACGUGAAGAAGAGAUGAGAAAUACAAAUGAAUCAACGAACUCCCGAGUUCUUUACUUCAGCAUGUUUUCAAUGCUUUGCUUGAUUGGAUUGGCCACUUGGCAAGUCCUUUACCUCAGAAAGUUCUUCAAGUCAAAGAAGCUCAUUGAAUAAAUCAAUUUCUUCCAAUUUUAACCGUUAUUGUGCACGGGAAUCUGGUGUUGCACGUACACCAAAGCUUUAACGGUGGUUAGGUAUACGAUUAAUGCAUUUUCGCUGGAAAAAUAUUUAUUUUGCAGCACUGUAAACAACACUGCUCCUACAGUUUUUUUUAAAUUGCAAAAAUACCACUUUUUAAAUUGCAAAAAAACACCACCUUUUAAAUUGCAAAAAAACACUAAAAUUUUUUGAAAAUAUCUCAAAAUAGUUCUGCCGUACAAAGCAAAUACCGGAAUUUUCAUUUAUUUUUUUCCUGUAUAUUUAUGUUGUUUAAUUUUGGCAAACGGGAAUUUAGUUGUGCAGUAAUUUUGUUCACUGAACUUUAAAUAUUUUUGUAGAUUUGUGUUUUACGUGGUAUAGGAAAUAAUAACAAGAAAAAAGAACAAUUUGUUUAAAGGUUUUUACCAAUCAUACUUUUCACGUUGAAAGUGUUAUGAAAUUUUAAACUUUUUCUUUGUUGGUGUUGCAGAGAAAAGUAA